GAACGCUUGUUAUCGACGCUUAUUCAUCUUCAAAGUCAAUGAUGUGGAUUUGAAUUUGGAUGUCUUCGAGAAGUGGUUGUAGUGCUGACACUGAGGUUCAUGUGAUGAAUAGUUCCAAGAGAAGUAGGCCACCGUCUUCGCUUUCCUCGUCCAGUAGUAAACCCUAACAUUCACUCUCCCACCGCUUCCGCCUAGAAAAAAACCAAAAAACCGCAAAAAAUGGUCCAAUACGCGCGUGUGGAUUUGAACGAUGCAGCUGCAGACGUGGAGUCUCAAGGUAUGGGCCUUUCAGCGCCAAAUAGCGCUAAAAGAGUGCCGCCAAAAGAGGGCUCGCUCAUGUUCCAGAUGUGCUUUUUUGGAGCCGGCGUAGCGUCCAUGUUUUUAGCAGUCCUAGGCAUACUCUGGAUGAUCAUCAUCCCACUGGGACCGAUCCUGUUUCCACUCGACUUUUUGCAGGAGAUAUACCUCUUUGCGGCUGGGACGGUACUAGCUACGCUUAUGCUUAUCGUUAUCUCAGAAGAUAAAAAAGAAUCUGGUCGCUUUCGCUAUCUCAGAAGAUAAAGAAUCUGGUCGCUUUUGCUUUGUGAUUUCUCGACGGACUGUCUACCAUUCGCCUUCUCUCAACAAUAUUGAUGUCCACCUGCUGCGCACACAAUUCCAGGUUCUCUUCGUUCUCGACGCCCCUCUGAAUUUUCGAUGGAUCAUUGAGGCGAAAGUAGUGAUAUCGAAGUAUUUCCGGUUAGUCACAAGGAUGACAGGCAAAGGUCUGUACCUUCUCUUCAUGAGCGGUCUGGCAUUUUCUUGCGGAUAUGUGGAAGAUGUGGCGAGAUGGCUAGCUGUACUCAUAGCGCUGUACGUAGCGGCAUUAGCAGUGUUGACACUAUUUUUUGGCGUCAGGAGGACGAUGAAACUGCAGCAGGUAAUCAUGUUGUAAAUGUUGCUUGCAGUCGUGUAGAUCAUUGCACUAAUGUCUUACUUGGAGUUUUCGUGGCAAUAGAAAGUGAACCUGAACGAUGUAGCCUCUAGUGCACUCACGUCGGUGCUGCAAGAGGUGGAAAGUUCGUAGAUUCUCAUACGCUGUCGUUGGAUGAUUUUCUCCUCACUGUCACGUCUCAACAUCGUCUCAGGUCCGUUCCGGUCUGCAACACUAUCUGAAAGCGCAUCAAGGCGAUCCAUCUUCCUUUUAUGGGGGUUAGAGAAUAAUCAUUCGUCAAUCUGUAGCAGCCAUGCAAAGUGCAGAUGUCCAUUUUCUUCCUCGAAUGACUCCUCCUCCAGCAGUACAGAUAUCCAUUCCACAAAAUAGAUGAUAUCACCAUAAGAUUAAGAUUGUCAUCAUGGAUCCUAAGAUUACAAUUUUACUUCAACUUACUCUUUCUUCUGUACUCUUGUCCUUGAUGUUAUCUCCUCUAACCCGUUCUCCAGCAGUACAGCCGAGAACAAGUAGGACAGCUAAACCAGGCUGAAUUUCUAGAGAUGAGCCAAGCAGUCGCACCAAGUGUAGCUUGGCAGCCUACAGAUGUCAGACAUAUAACAGCCGCUUUAGCCUGCGAGGCUGGGCCCAACGCGACUUUGGACGUCGUUCUUUACGCAGACAUCCUGGAUUGGCUGAGACCAGGGUAUGCUAUCAUGAUGUAGGAGUAACUCCGAUGAAGUCACAUUUUUGACGGAAACGUCACGACUCCUUUCCAUUUUUACUGACUUCCUCCACGCCAGCAGAUUUUUAUGCGUGAAACCUGUACAACUUCUAUGACACUUUCCCAUUUUGAGACUCCGAGUCGUGCAAAAAUAGCGGAUGAACAAGCAACAGGUGUAGCAGCGGAUCAUCAAACGCUAUUAUCAUUAGAUUACUGAAUUUUAUUUGCUGUCAAAAGAAUCACUCAACUUUGGUCUUCCUCGGUCUAUCUCAUC